CCUGAGGUAGCGCUGGGUUCUAACUGCAGCGCAGGCUCUGAGGAGCGAAGCUGCCGAGGGCGGAGUGGGGGAGGUACGGGCCGGCGCCUCGGCCGGCCAUAGGCAGAGACGGCCGCCUCGGGCUGUCAAUCCCGCCGCUUCGGCGUGGUCCUGCCUCCGCCGACGCAGCGUCGCUGGACGCGGGGCGCCGCGGGGGCUGCCGGGACGGGCCCAAGAUGGCCGGGCGCGCUGGUUCCGCUUCUGCCCCCGGCCGCGAACCUCAUUCAUUGCCUCGCUGCUGAGGGGCGCCGCGUCGCCGCGAGCCGGCCCGAGGCCGCUGGGGGCUGCCCUGCGGGGUGAGAGGCCGCCAUGGCGACCCUGGAAAAGCUGAUGAAGGCCUUCGAGUCCCUCAAGUCUUUCCAGCAGCAGCAGCAGCAGCCGCCGCCAGCGCCGCCGGCGCCUCAGCCGUCUCAGCCGCCGCCGCCGCCGCCCGCGCAGCCGCCGCCGCCGCCGCCGCCCGCGCAGCAGCCGCCCCCGCUGCCGUCCCCGCCGCCGCCUCCCGGCCCGGCGAUGGCCGAGGAGCCGCCGCACCGACCAAAGAAAGAACUUUCAGCCACCAAGAAAGACCGCGUGAAUCAUUGUCUCACAAUAUGUGAAAACAUAGUGGCACAAUCUCUCAGAAAUUCUCCAGAAUUUCAGAAACUCCUAGGCAUCGCUAUGGAGCUCUUCCUGCUAUGCAGUGACGAUGCGGAGUCGGAUGUCAGGAUGGUGGCUGACGAAUGCCUCAACAAAGUCAUCAAAGCUUUGAUGGAUUCUAAUCUUCCAAGGUUACAGUUAGAACUCUAUAAGGAAAUUAAAAAGAAUGGUGCCCCUCGAAGCCUGCGUGCUGCCCUGUGGAGGUUUGCUGAGCUGGCUCACCUGGUUCGGCCUCAGAAAUGCAGGCCUUACCUAGUAAACCUCCUGCCGUGCCUGACGCGAACAAGCAAGAGACCUGAGGAAUCAGUCCAGGAGACCCUGGCUGCAGCUGUUCCCAAAAUUAUGGCUUCGUUUGGAAAUUUUGCGAAUGACAAUGAAAUUAAGGUUCUCUUAAAGGCUUUCAUAGCGAACCUGAAGUCGAGCUCCCCUGCUGUCCGGCGCACGGCGGCCAGCGCGGCUGUGAGCGUCUGCCAGCACUCGCGGAGGACCCAGUACUUCUACAGCUGGCUGCUGAACGUGCUCUUAGGUCUGCUGGUUCCUGUGGAGGAAGAACAUUCCACGCCGCUGGUCCUGGGCGUGCUGCUCACGCUGCGGUAUCUGGUGCCCUUGCUGCAGCAGCAGGUCAAGGAUACGAGCCUGAAAGGCAGCUUUGGGGUGACACGGAAAGAAAUGGAAGUCUGUCCCUCAGCAGAGCAACUUGUGCAGGUUUAUGAACUGACUUUGCAUCACACACAGCACCGAGACCACAACGUUGUCACUGGGGCGCUGGAACUGUUGCAGCAGCUCUUCCGGACUCCCCCACCAGAGCUGCUGCACGCGCUGACCACGCCGGGGGGCCUCGGGCAGCUCCCUGCGGCCGAAGAGGAGUCUGCUGGCCAGAGUCGCAGUGGGAGCAUUGUGGACCUUCUCGCUGGAGGGGGUUCCUCAUGCAGCCCUGUCCCUUCAAGAAAGCACAAAGGCAAAGUGCUCUUAGGAGAAGAAGAAGCCUUGGAAGAUGACUCUGAGUCGAGAUCGGACGUCAGCAGCUCAGCCUUUGCAGCCUCAGUAAAGAGUGAGAUCGGGGGAGAGCUGGCAGCCUCUUCAGGGGUCUCCACUCCUGGUGCUUCGGGUCACGACAUCAUUACCGAGCAGCCCAGGUCGCAGCACACAUUGCAGGCGGACUCGGUGGACUUGUCCAGCUGUGACCUGACCAGUGCUGCCACUGAUGGGGACGAGGAGGACAUCUUGAGCCACAGCUCCAGCCAGAUCAGUGCUGUCCCAUCCGACCCUGCCAUGGACCUCAACGAUGGGACCCAGGCCUCUUCACCCAUCAGUGACAGCUCCCAGACCACCACUGAAGGGCCAGAUUCAGCUGUGACCCCAUCUGACAGUUCUGAAAUUGUGUUAGACGGCGCCGACAGCCAGUACUCGGGCACGCAGAUCGGACAAGCCCAGGACGAAGACGAGGACGCCGCCGAUGCCUUCAGGAGCUCCUCCCUCGCCCUUCAGCAGGCACACUUACUGAGGAGCACGGGUCACAGCAGACAGCUGUCCGACAGCAGUGUCGAGAAGCUUGCCGCAAGAGACGAAGCUGCCGAACCCGGGGCGCAGGAGAGCAAGCCAUGUCGAAUCAAAGGUGACAUAGGACAGUCUGCCGAUGGUGAUGCUGCCCCUCUCGUCCACUGUGUCCGCCUGUUAUCUGCUUCGUUCUUGUUGACUGGCGAGAAGAACGUGCUGGUUCCAGACAGGGACGUGCGGGUCAGCGUGAAGGCCCUGGCCCUCAGCUGCGUAGGGGCAGCAGUGGCCCUUCAUCCGGAGUCCUUCUUCAGCACGCUGUAUAAAGCACCUCUUGACGCUGUGGAACACCGAGAGGAGCAGUACAUCUCAGACAUCUUGAACUACAUCGAUCAUGGAGACCCACAGGUCAGAGGAGCCACCGCCAUUCUCUGUGGGACCCUAAUCUCCUCCAUCCUCAGCAGGUCUCGCUUCUGUGUGGAGGACUGGAUGGGCACCGUUAGAACCCUGACAGGAAAUACAUUUUCUCUGGCGGAUUGCGUUCCUUUGCUGCAGAAGACUUUGAAAGAUGAAUCUUCUGUUACUUGCAAGUUGGCUUGUACGGCUGUGAGGCAUUGCAUCGCGAGCCUGUGCAGCAGCAGCUACAGCGACUUGGGCUUGCAGCUGAUCAUCGAGCUGCUGGCCCUGAAGAACAGCUCCUAUUGGCUGGUGAGGACAGAGCUCUUGGAAACUCUUGCAGAGAUCGACUUUAGGCUGGUGAGCUUUCUGGAGGCGAAAGCCGAGAGUCUGCAUAGAGGCGCUCACCAUUACACAGGGCUUUUAAAACUGCAAGAACGAGUGCUGCAUAAUGUUGUCCUCCAUCUGCUUGGGGACGAAGACCCCCGGGUGCGACGUGUUGCUGCAGCGUCCUUGAUAAGGCUUGUCCCAAAGCUGUUUUACAAGUGUGACCAAGGACAGGCGGACCCAGUAGUGGCCGUGGCAAGAGAUCAAAGCAGUGUUUACCUGAAACUUCUCAUGCACGAGACACAGCCUCCUUCUCACUUCUCCGUUAGCACCAUAACCAGAGUAUACAGGGGCUACAGCUUACUGCCAAGCAUAACCGACGUCACUACGGAGAAUAACCUCUCGAGGGUCAUCGCCGCGGUCUCUCACGCGCUCAUCACGUCGACCACGCGGGCACUCACAUUCGGAUGCUGUGAAGCUCUGUGUCUCCUUUCAGCGGCCUUUCCGGUGUGCACCUGGAGUUUAGGCUGGCACUGUGGAGUGCCCCCUCUGAGUGCCGCCGACGAGUCCAGGAAGAGCUGCACCGUUGGCAUGGCCACCAUGGUCCUCACGCUGCUGUCGUCUGCCUGGUUCCCACUGGACCUCUCGGCCCACCAGGACGCUCUGAUUGUGGCUGGGAACCUGCUGGCAGCCAGCGCUCCCAAGUCUCUGAGAAGUUCCUGGACCUCCGAGGAAGAGGCCGGCUCUGCAGCCGCGAGGCAGGAGGAGGUGUGGCCAGCGCUGGGCGACCGGAGCCUGGUGCCCAUGGUGGAGCAGCUGUUCUCCCACCUGCUGAAGGUGAUCAACAUCUGUGCUCACGUCCUGGACGAUGUGGCGCCUGGGCCGGCAGUCAAGGCAGCCUUGCCUUCCCUAACAAACCCCCCUUCGCUGAGUCCCAUCCGGCGGAAAGGAAAAGAGAAAGAACCAGGAGAACAAGCCUCCGCUCCCUUGAGUCCCAGGAAGGGCGGUGAGGCCGGCGCAGCCUCUAGACAAUCAGAUCCCCCAGGGCCCGUCACCACAAGCAAGUCCUCGUCCCUGGGGAGCUUCUGUCACCUUCCUUCGUACCUCAAAUUACACGAUGUCCUGAAAGCCACUCACGCCAACUACAAGGUGACCCUGGACCUGCAGAACAGCUCGGAGAAGUUCGGGGGGUUCCUGCGCUCCGCCUUGGACGUCCUCUCGCAGCUCCUGGAGCUGGCCACACUUCAGGACAUCGGGAAGUGUGUGGAAGAGAUCCUUGGAUACCUGAAAUCCUGCUUCAGUCGAGAACCGACGAUGGCGACAGUCUGUGUCCAGCAGCUGUUGAAGACUCUCUUUGGGACGAACUUGGCCUCCCAGUUUGAUGGCGUAUCUUCCAACCCCAGCAAGUCUCAAGGCCGAGCACAGCGCCUUGGCUCCUCCAGCGUGCGGCCGGGCUUGUAUCACUACUGCUUCAUGGCCCCCUACACCCACUUCACGCAAGCCUUAGCUGACGCCAGCCUGCGGAACAUGGUGCAGGCGGAGCAGGAGCAUGACACGUCAGGAUGGUUUGAUGUACUGCAGAAAGUGUCUACGCAAUUGAAGACAAACCUCACGAGUGUCACAAAGAACCGUGCAGAUAAGAAUGCUAUUCAUAAUCACAUCCGUUUAUUUGAGCCUCUUGUCAUCAAAGCGCUGAAACAGUACACCACGACGACCUCGGUGCAGUUACAGCGGCAGGUUCUAGAUUUGCUGGCACAGCUGGUUCAGCUGCGAGUUAAUUACUGUCUUCUGGAUUCAGAUCAGGUGUUCAUCGGGUUUGUGCUGAAGCAGUUUGAGUACAUGGAAGUGGGCCAGUUCAGGGAAUCAGAGGCAAUUAUUCCAAACAUCUUUUUCUUCCUGGUAUUACUGUCUUAUGAGCGCUAUCAUUCCAAACAGAUCAUUGGGAUUCCCAAAAUCAUUCAGCUCUGUGAUGGCAUCAUGGCCAGUGGCAGGAAGGCUGUGACACACGCCAUACCUGCUCUGCAGCCCAUCGUCCACGACCUCUUCGUGUUACGGGGAACAAAUAAAGCUGAUGCAGGACGAGAGCUUGAGACCCAGAAGGAGGUGGUGGUGUCGAUGCUGCUGAGACUCAUCCAGUACCACCAGGUCCUGGAGAUGUUUAUUCUGGUCCUGCAGCAGUGCCACAAGGAGAAUGAGGACAAGUGGAAGCGGCUGUCUCGCCAGGUUGCUGACGUCAUUCUCCCGAUGCUAGCCAAGCAGCAGAUGCACAUCGACUCUCAUGAAGCUCUUGGAGUGUUAAACACCUUGUUUGAAAUUUUGGCCCCUUCCUCCCUCCGUCCGGUGGACAUGCUUUUGCGGAGUAUGUUCGUCACCCCAAGCACGAUGGCAUCUGUGAGCACUGUUCAGCUGUGGAUAUCAGGAAUCCUGGCCAUUUUGAGGGUUCUGAUUUCCCAGUCAACAGAGGACAUUGUUCUUUCUCGGAUUCAGGAGCUCUCCUUCUCUCCGUAUUUCAUCUCCUGUCCAGUGAUUCACAGGUUAAGAGAUGGGGAUGAGAACGCAACACCGGAUGGACAUAGUGAGGGGAAGCCAACGAAGAGUUUGCCGGAAGAAACGUUCUCCAGGUUCCUGCUGCAGCUCGUCGGUAUUCUCUUAGAGGACAUCGUUACGAAGCAGCUGAAGGUGGAGCUGAGCGAGCAGCAGCAUACCUUCUACUGCCAGGAGCUCGGCACGCUGCUGAUGUGCCUGAUCCACAUCUUCAAGUCUGGAAUGUUCCGGAGAAUCACAGCAGCUGCCACGAGACUCUUCACGAGUGACAGCUGCGAGGGCAGCUUCUACUCCCUGGAGAGCCUGAACGCACGGGUGCGCUGCAUGGUCCCCACGCACCCAGCCCUGGUGCUGCUGUGGUGCCAGAUCCUGCUGCUUGUCAACCACACCGACCACCGCUGGUGGGCAGAGGUGCAGCAAACGCCCAGGAGACACAGUCUGUCCAGCACGAAGUUGUUUAGUCCACAGAUGCCUGGAGAGGAGGAGGAUCCCACCGUGGCAGCCAGACUUGGAAUGUGCAACAGAGAAAUAGUUCGAAGAGGGGCCCUCAUUCUCUUCUGUGAUUAUGUCUGUCAGAACCUCCACGACUCGGAGCACCUGACGUGGCUCAUCGUGAAUCACAUCCAGGACCUGAUCCUCCUGUCCCAUGAGCCUCCCGUGCAGGACUUCAUUAGCGCCGUUCAUCGCAAUUCCGCAGCCAGCGGCCUUUUCAUCCAGGCCAUCCAGUCUCGCUGUGAGAAUCUUUCCACCCCGACCACUCUGAAGAGGACUCUGCAGUGCUUGGAAGGGAUCCACCUGAGCCAGUCGGGUGCCGUGCUCACGCUGUACGUGGACAGGCUUCUGUGCACCCCGUUCCGGGUGCUGGCGCGCAUGGUUGACACCCUGGCCUGUCGCCGGGUGGAAAUGCUUCUGGCUGCAAGUGUACAGAGCAGCAUGGCGCAGUUGCCGGUGGAAGAACUGACCAGGAUCCAGGAAUACCUGCAGAGCAGUGGGCUCGCGCAGAGACACCAAAGGCUCUACUCUCUGCUGGACAGGUUUCGUCUCUCCACAGCACAGGACUCUCUCAGCCCCUUGCCCCCAGUCACUUCCCACCCCCUGGAUGGCGAUGGACACAUGGCCCUGGAAGCAGUGAGUCCGGACAAAGACUGGUACAUCCGACUCGUCAAAUCCCAGUGUUGGACUAGGUCGGAUUCUGCAUUGCUGGAAGGUGCAGAGUUGUUGAAUCGGGUCCCUGCCGAGGACAUAGACGCCCUCAUGAUGGACCCGGAAUUCAACCUGAGCCUGUUAGCUCCAUGCUUAAGCCUAGGCCUGCGUGAGAUUUCUGGUGGCCAGAAGAGCCCCCUUUUUGAAGCAGCCCGGGCAGUGACCCUGGACCGAGUGAGCAGCAUCGUUCAGCAGCUUCCUGCUGUGCAUCAGGUCUUCCAGCCCUUCCAGCCUGCAGAGCCCUCAGCCUACUGGAGCAAGCUGAAUGAUCUGUUUGGGGAUGCCAGUCUGCAUCAGUCCCUGAUCACGCUGGCUCGGGCCCUGGCGCAGUACCUCGUGGUGAUCUCCAAGCUGCCUGCCCAUCUGCACCUUCCUCCUGAGAAGGAGGGGGACACGGUGAAGUUUGUGGUGAUGACACUUGAGGCCCUGGCGUGGCACCUCAUCCACGUGCGGAUCCCGCUGAGUCUGGGCCUGCAGGCGGGGCUGGACUGCUGCUGCCUGGCUCUGCAGCUGCCUGGCCUCUGGAGCGUGGUCUCCUCGGCUGAGUUCGUGACCCACGCCUGUUCCCUCAUCCACUGUGUGCGGUUCAUCCUGGAAGCUGUUGCAGUGCAGCCUGGAGACCAGCUCCUCAGUCCAGACAGAAGGAUGAGUGCGCCGAAGGCCGUCAGAGAGGACGAGGGAGGCUGCAGCACACAGAAGCCCAGCUACAUCGUCACAGCCUGUGAGAUGGUGGCCGAGAUGGUGGAGUGCCUCCAGUCGGUGCUGGCCUUGGGCCACAGGAGGAACAGCGGCACGCCCGCCUUCCUCACCGCCCUGCUUCGCAACAUCGUGGUCAGCCUGGCCCGCCUGCCCCUUGUCAACAGCUACACGCGGGUGCCACCCCUGGUGUGGAGGCUCGGCUGGUCACCCAAACCAGGAGGGGAUUUUGGAACUGUGUUCCCCGAGAUCCCUGUGGAGUUCCUGCAGGAGAAGGAAGUCUUUAAGGAGUUCAUCUACCGCAUCAACACACUAGGAUGGACCAGUCGCACCCAGUUUGAAGAAACGUGGGCCACCCUCCUUGGUGUCCUGGUGACCCAGCCCCUUGCGUUGGAGCAGGAGGAAAGCCCACCAGAGGAAGACAUGGAAAGGACGCAGAUCAACGUCCUGGCUGUGCAGGCCAUCACCUCCCUGGUUCUCAGUGCGAUGACUGUGCCUGUGGCCGGCAACCCCGCUGUGAGCUGCCUGGAGCAGCAGCCCCGGAACAAACCCCUGAAAGCUCUCGACACCAGGUUUGGGAGGAAGUUGAGUGUGAUCCGAGGAAUUGUAGAGCAGGAGAUUCAAGCGAUGGUUUCCAAGAGAGAGAAUAUUGCCACCCAUCAUUCGUACCAGGCGUGGGACCCCGUCCCUUCCCUGUCUCCAGCGACUGCAGGUGCCCUCAUCAGCCACGACAAACUGCUGCUGCAGACCAACCCCGAGCGUGAGCUGGGGAACACGAGCUACAAGCUUGGCCAGGUGUCCAUCCACUCCAUGUGGCUGGGGAACAGCAUCACGCCCCUGAGAGAGGAGGAGUGGGACGAGGAGGAGGAAGAGGAGGCCGAUGUCCCCGCACCGUCACCUCCACCCACGUCUCCUGUCAACUCCAGGAAGCACCGGGCUGGCGUCGACAUCCACUCCUGUUCACAGUUCCUGCUCGAGUUGUACAGUCGCUGGAUCCUGCCAUCCAGUUCAGCCAGAAAGACGCCGGUCAUCCUCAUCAGUGAAGUGGUUCGAUCCCUUCUUGUGGUCUCAGACCUGUUCACUGAACGCAACCAGUUUGAGAUGAUGUAUGCGACGCUGACCGAGCUGCGGAGGGUGCACCCUUCGGAAGACGAGAUUCUCAUCCAGUACCUGGUGCCUGCCACCUGCAAGGCAGCUGCUGUCCUCGGCAUGGACAAGGCUGUGGCCGAGCCCGUCAGCCGCCUGCUGGAGACCACGCUCAGGAGCGGCCACCUGCCCAGCAGGAUCGGAGCCCUGCACGGCGCCCUCUACGUGCUGGAGUGCGACCUCUUGGAUGACACGGCGAAGCAGCUCAUCCCCGUCAUCAGCGACUAUCUCCUCUCCAACCUCAAGGGCGUAGCCCACUGCGUGAACAUUCACAGCCAGCAGCACGUGCUGGUGAUGUGCGCCACUGCCUUCUACCUGAUGGAGAACUAUCCUCUGGACGUGGGGCCGGAGUUCUCAGCGUCAAUCAUACAGAUGUGUGGAGUGAUGCUCUCUGGGAGUGAGGAGGCCACACCCUCCAUCAUUUACCACUGUGCCCUCCGAGGCCUGGAGCGCCUCCUGCUGUCCGAGCAGCUCUCCCGGCUGGAUGCAGAGUCCCUGGUCAAGCUGAGUGUGGACAGAGUGAAUGUGCACAGCCCGCAUCGGGCUAUGGCGGCCUUGGGCCUGAUGCUUACCUGCAUGUACACAGGGAAGGAGAAAAUCAGCCCGGGCAGAACCUCGGACGCUAACCCCGCAGCCCCAGACAGCGAGUCAGUGAUUGUCGCGAUGGAGCGGGUAUCCGUUCUCUUCGACAGGAUCAGGAAGGGGUUUCCCUGUGAAGCCAGAGUGGUGGCAAGGAUCCUGCCUCAGUUUUUAGAUGACUUCUUCCCACCCCAGGAUGUCAUGAACAAAGUCAUUGGAGAGUUUCUGUCCAAUCAGCAGCCAUACCCGCAGUUCAUGGCCACCGUCGUGUACAAGGUCUUCCAGACUCUGCACAGUGCCGGGCAGUCGUCCAUGGUCCGGGACUGGGUCAUGCUCUCCCUGUCCAACUUCACGCAGAGGACCCCGGUCGCCAUGGCCAUGUGGAGCCUCUCCUGCUUUUUCGUCAGUGCGUCCACCAGCCCCUGGGUCUCAGCAACCCUCCCGCACGUCGUCAGCAGGAUGGGCAAGCUGGAGCAGGUGGACGUGAACCUCUUCUGCCUGGUCGCCACCGACUUUUACAGACACCAGAUAGAGGAGGAGCUCGACCGCAGGGCCUUCCAGUCUGUGUUUGAGGUGGUGGCAGCGCCAGGAAGCCCAUACCACCGGCUGCUGACGUGUCUGCGAAACGUGCACAGGGGCGCCGCCUGCUGAGUGCCCCCGGUGGGAGAGUGCGCGAGGCAGCGGCUCGGCCGGCUCCGCGCAGAAGCCAGUGCCCGGUGCCCUGCCUCGUCCCUCCGGGCUUCCGUUCACGCCGCGAGGCAGCCAGGCAGCGUGCGCGUCUGCCGAGAGGCACGAGUGCUCUUUGCAGCAGUGGCUGAGCAGGGACCACACACAGCGCUGUGGGGGUGCAGCCGAGUCCUCGGAGAGCAGGCGCAGCUGGGCUGCCAGCGCCAGUGCCGGUGCCCAGGGGUCGGUCUUUCUCCCCACAGUCACCUGCCGUUGCCGCCAGGUUGCGGCUCCCUUGGCCUGGGACGGAAGUCCUCACUCUUGCAGGCUGGUCGUCGGCCCCUCGCCGUCCCACAGGGAGGACACGAGUGCCGGCACCCGGCCUUGUGAGCACGUCUCCCCUGUUGCACCAGCGACCAGACGCACAGACCCUGUGGCCAGGCCAGCAGCUGGGGCGCCACACACCUGCGCCAUCCUCUGUCUCUGUUUUCUUCUCAGGAUUUAAAAUUCAAUUCUAUCAGUAAAGAGAUUAAUUUUAAUGUAA